UUGCUUUUGAUGCUGGAAAGACAGUGAAAGUUUGAAAUGAUUUUUUUAUUUCUGUGGAUUAUAUUUGAGUUUAGAAUAUGUUUUAUAUUCUUUGUAGCUGUAAUUAUUUUUAUAUUAUGGAUGAAAAAUUCGAAGAAGAAGAAUGAUUGUGAAAUACAAAAGUUUGCAUCUACUCCUCUUUUAAAAAAUAUUAUUUCUGUUUGGAAAAAUGGACAGAAUAUAAAUGUAGGCGUUUUACUUAUUCAAUAUCUAAGUGCAGUGUGUCACUUGUUUGAAAAGAAGAAAAUGUUUAAAGGAUCAUGGGCGGGACAUACGUACGUUGUACUGUUUCAUCCCGAAGUUGCUCAGGAGGUAUUAAAAAGCUACAGCGUAAUUAAUAAAGAUUGGGUAUACAACAUCUUUCACUCGUGGUUGGGUACAGGACUUCUUACCAGUUCCGAUGAAAAGUGGAGGAGUAGAAGAAAACUUUUAACACCGGCUUUUCACUUUCGAAUUCUCGAAGAUUUUCAAGAUAUAUUUUACGAACAAGCUAACAUAUUAGUACAGAAAUUAAUCGAAACAAAGGAAGGCGAAGUGGUAGAAAUGUCCGAAUUAGUCACGCUUUGUACACUCGACAUAGUUGCGGGUGAUUAUUUUAUUUGUACUUACAGUAUUUUCACCGUAUCGUACAUAAACAUUUUAAUUAAAAUUUUCUUAGACUCGGCCAUGGGUAUCCAAUUAAAAGCUCAAGUCAAGUCAGAUAAUAACUAUGUCAAAGCUGUUAAAGGAAUAACUAGCACAUUCAUUGAAUGGUUUGCAAAACCCUGGUAUUGGUUUCCACCAAUUCUGUACUUCAGUCCGCUGGGUAAGAAGAUGAGAAGAGAUAUCGAACUCGUUCACGAUUUUGCCAGAAAGGUGAUAAGAAAGAAGAAAGGAAAAUUGUUAAAACAGUUGGAAGAGGACGAUGUUAUCGAUGAUUUUGAAAAAGACAAAGAAGUUUUGGGGAUCAAAAAACGUAGGGCCUUUCUAGAUUUGUUGGUAUAUCAUCACAUCGUCAGUGGCGACCUGACGGAAGAAGAUAUCAGAGAAGAAGUCGACACGUUCAUGUUUGAAGGCCACGACACGACCGGAAUGGGUAUAAGCUGGACUUUGUAUCUCCUCGGUUUACAUCACGAAACUCAAGAAAGAGUUUAUCAGGAACUUUGCCAUAUUUUUCCCGAUGACGUGAAUAGAACUAUUAAAAUGGACGACUUAAAAGAAAUGAAAUAUUUAGAACGAGUUAUUAAGGAAGCCUUGCGAUUAUUUCCUUCAGUGCCUUACAUUUUGCGAAGGAAUUCCGUGGAAAUAAAAAUUGGAAAAUGUACGAUUCCACGAAAUUCCUCGUUGUGUGUUUACAUUUACGGAAUUCAUCACAAUUCGGAAGUUUAUGAAAAUCCAGAAGUAUUCGAUCCAGAUAGAUUCUUGCCAGAAAACUGCGAGAAUCGUCAUCCUUUCGCUUACUUGCCAUUCUCGGCUGGUCCCAGGAAUUGCAUAGGCCAACGUUUCGCCAUGAUGGUAAUGAAGACAGUUUGUGCCCACGUCUUACGUAAUUUUAAAGUGCAUUCUUUAGAACAUCGUGAAAAAGUUCUGGUUUCCGGAGACGUCAUACUUCGUCCUAAAGAAGAAAUAAAGAUGACCAUAGAGAAAAGAUAACCCUCUGUAAACAUGCUUAUAAAGUUUAUUGUUCGAUCCUUUGACAAAUUAAAAAUAUGAAAAAUUACGAUGACAUAUAGGGUGAACAUCUUACAUUUAUAUAUAUUACAAGAUAUCUACAGAAGCUUCAAACGAACAGAUUUUAUUAUUAUUGUUAUUCAUUUAUAAUAUAAAAAGCAGC